GUUCCACCCCGUCCUGCAACCAAGCCUUCUGUGAAGUUACUCUAACAAAGUCUCAGUUUAUAUACUGCAGGGAGACCUAGAGCAUUGUUUCCCUGGAAAUUCAUGGAGAUGGUCACAUAAAUAAAUGUUUUCAGCUAAAAACUGGAGUCUAAACCUCAGUGAGUGAAGCCAAAACUGUAAUCUUCAGUGUUCAAAAGAAAUCUGUUGUGCACAUAUUUCACAGAAGAUUCUUUGAGAAAAGAAGAGAAAAAAAGAUGUAGGAAGAUCUAAAACAGUGAUACAGAAGCACAUCAAACACAAUGCUGUGGUUUUCCCUAUGGCCGAGUACUAAUAAUCAGUUGGAAAAGGGCAGUAUUGGAGGCAAGUGACACAUCACAGUUUAUCUUAAAAAGGAAAUUUCAGCAGCAAAAAUGAUUUUGCAGUCAAAGAACAAGCUACAAGGCAGAGGCUUUGACCAAUUUUAUAAUGACCUACGUAAAAAAUACCCAAACACUUUUGUUCUAGCUCCUGAUCUUGGGAAAAAUAAGGAUAAAGAGAAUCUGAGGACACUGCCAACUCUGGAAGUGGGAGUUAAUGUGAACUCUGUGAACCCUGCUCAACCCGUAUUUACACUCACACAAAACAAACCUAGCUUUCUUGCCAAGGUGAGCUAUGAAAAGGGAAAGCAAAGUCAGUUUGUGGAAAAGAGCGGUACCGGCGGGUACACAGGGCCAGUCAUUAUUAAAGAUAAUGCUGUUGUAACUUCUUCCAUAAACACUGAGAGGCCUGUAAAAAGCAACCUUAUCAGUCCUUCCCUGCGGCUGUCUAAUCUGACCACACAGAUUGAGCAAAAUCGUCUAGUGUUACGCACACGGCUCAAGUCUGGCAUUCCUUCUCCUGCUGUGCGCAAAGACAAUGGAGGAAGAACACAACAAUCUAGUCAAGAGUUAAACAAAAGUCAGAAUUUAGAUUGCACUAUUCCAAAUAAGUCAAAGUCUCCAACUAGUGGAUUGUCACUGCCCUUAACUGAAUCCCUGGAAAACCUGGACAUAGAUGCAUCCAAGAAAUGCCUAGACAGUAGCACCAAACUGAUCGAGAGCAUCACAAAGGAGCUUUUGCCCAACAAACCAGGCCCAUUUCUUAACCAUCUUCCUGAAAGCAAUGAAGACUCAAAUAAAAGAAAUGGAGUGUCUGUUUCUGACAGUGACGGUGAUUCUGGGAUUUCUGUUGGUUUGUCACCCAAACUCAGCAGGUCUCCAGCAUUUCAAAGGACUCCAGCUCCUCCUAAACUAAGCCCAAGAAGAGUUUCAACCCUCCAAAGAAGCAAACCAGGCCCCAUGAAGGCUGAUCAUACCAUACCAGUCAAUGCGAUGAAGAAUGCCUUUAUACAGAAAGAAAACCCGAAUGAAAAUGUGAAGAGUAACUCUAGACCCAAUAGUGCUCUGAAGAAUUCCCAGGAUAACGCAAAACUGAAACGGGAAACAACUCCUUCUCGGGUGAGGUUUGAUGAUGAGUCCAUGAAUGAUGUAGAGUCUCGCUAUAAGGAACGGCUGAGUCAUGUAAAAGUAGGAGAAAAAACAGUAAAGGGACCAACAUUUGUCAAGUCUGGGAAUCAUUUGACAUCAACAGAUUUACAAUUUGGAAAAGACAGUCACCACAAGACUUUAAAUUUUCAUUCAGUGCCAGCUAUGGGUUUUAACAGGAAGCAAACACUGCAAAACAUGGAAGGGGGUCAAAUGAGGGAGUUGCGGAGCUCUCCACGUAACCCUGAGUUAGCAAGUUCUGCAAAAAAUAAGCCUGAAUUUAAAAAAGCUGAACAAUCUUUACUGCCUAAAAGACAAGGCAUUAAUGAAAUGACUUUAUAUAACAACCAGUCUGUUAGGUCAUUUGGAUGGAGGCAAAAUACAGAGAAGGAAGCAACAUCUUUGGAAGCAAUAAAAAUAAGUAUCUGCAAUACUCCUUUGGAAGAAGGACACAGUGCUAAAAGUAAACUUAAGCAGGAAGCCAGGAAGAACAAAGUUAAUGCUGAGGAGAGCAAAAAGGAAGCACAGGCUUACCUGAAUGUAUCAUCAUCUAGGACGGCAUGUAAUGAAACAGGAGGAAGCAGUGAAUCUGUAAUGGAAAACCUUCACAAGCAACACCAAAAUAUAGAAGAAGAAAAUGUGCCAUUAAAAUCAGAAACUACUGUUUCACCGUGUAAAGCUAUGGUUGUAGAUCCUGUUUCUUUCGCAGAAAGUAGCAUAAACAGAUCUAAUGUUCUAAGCAAAGAAGCCAAAGAAGAAUAUUCAGACAAGCAAUCUCUUCAGACUUUAAAGAGACAAAAUGGAAUUCCUAGUGAUGACAUACAGUAUGGAGGUUACAGAGCUUCACCACCUAGCAGGUUGCAAGGGAAAUGCACACAAGCAAAAGAUGGUUCAGACUUUGGUCUGCUAUGUAGUAAAGUUAAGAAAACAUUGAAAACUAGAGUGAUGAAAGUCCAAACAAGUCUCAUUCCUGACCAGCUACCACAAGGAGGUGAUUUAUGUGAUGGAUACCACCAAGCACAGUCUGAAAUACCAAGAAGGAAAUCUGCUCCACAUAUGACCAUGCAGCUGAAGAAUGUACACCUAGAAUGCCAGGAAAAGGAGAUUUCAGGAGAUAAGCUUUUAAGCCACAGUGCACCAGUCAAAAACAGCAAUAAAGAUUCUCCAGACAGCAGCUGUACAAGUUCGUCUUCCACAGCUACAGCUCAUGUGUCUCCAGUGCACAGAGUUCAGACAUUUUUGAGGAAAGGCAGAGCAAAAUCCUAUAUAAUGUACAGCCCAACACCGCCACCUCCUAGUGAAAGAAGGCCACCCUCAAGAGGUAGAGAAAAUGUGAUGCCACAAAAAGAGCAGAGGAGUGAAAAGACAGUAAAGACAUUGGAAGGAUCUGUGACAGGACGACUGGUGAAGAAAAAUACAGACAACACCAAAGUUAUUGAGCUAAUACGUCCUUCACAAGGCCUCUUUGGACUUUAUUUUGCUAAAGGAAGCAAAAAUUAUGAUGGAGGAACAUAUGUGGUGCGUCUCAGCGGCAGAAUAAUGGACAAAUUGGAACCAGGAAUGCUGGAAGUUGGAGAUGAACUGCUGGAAAUAAAUAGCCACUGUGUGAAGGAUCUAGCUUUGGAUGAAAUAUAUAGCCUGCUCUCCCAGAACAACAAGGUCAUACUGAAACUGCUCCCACUGGGUACUAAUACACCCCAGUCUUAAUAUUCAUGCAACAUUGAUUAAAACAGUAUUUUCUUUUUCUGAAAAUAAAGAAGUGAGAGGAACGUGUAAUACAGUCGCUUCUUAAAGUAGAUCAACUGUAGUCAGAUAUACUUCUCAACUUUUACCUCAACAGUUACAGACAAAGCAAAAAUAAAUAAUAAGGAAAAAGGCCCCCAAAUGGGGGCACCUUUUAAAUGCUGGUACAAUUAACUUAGAACUGUAUUUUUCAAAUUGAUUUUCAGUUUUAUGAGAGAUGGGGUGUAGAGAUGUCUCUCCAAAAUCUGAACACUUUUUAUUCAGUACUGUCUUUUGAGAAGCAAGAAUGCAAUAUUUAGAUUGUAUUAGUUGAUGUCUCAUACUGAUCUCAGAAUGCUUAUCACUUUCUUGUGUGUCUUUCCACCUAACCAGAUUUACUGCUUAUAUCAACAGAUAGUGUCUUCUGAUCUGGUAUACAAGUUAAAAUGCAGGCGUUUGGGUUCAUGCCAGAUCGUUUAAAAAUCAUGCUUACAACAAUGACUACAAUACAAACCACUACUAAAAAUAUUUUUCACAACAAAACUUUAAAUGUGGAAGAUUAUUAGUUCAUAAAACUUUACAAUAAAUAUGCUUAGUUUCAGUUAUUAUGUAAAAAAGGAGCUGUGUAUGGAAAACAUACAUUUUAAAUAUGGGAGACUAAGGAAUGCUAUACAACUAACACUGGUUAACAGUGGAAGGGAGACAGAAUUUUGAAAAAUUAUCAUCAGAGAUAGAAUAUAAAGCAUCAUCAGCUUAUAAAUACAAAAUAGAGAUGCUAUUCAGGGAAUGUAAAAGGAUACACAUCUUGCAUUGAUUUUGGAAGUAUUUGAGACUUCAUAUCAAAGCCACAUAUGUUUGUGACAGUCAAAACUUGUCAAAUCAUAGAAUGUUGUGGUAAUUUUGUUGUGCAGUGGGACUGCACUGGAAAAGAGUUAAGUUUUACGAUUGAUAUAAAAAAAGGGAGAGUGGAGACUGAGAGUAUGAAAGCAAGAGAUAGAAAGAAGGUGAGAGAAUGUGUGUGUGCGUGCAUGCACAUGUGUGUGUAUGUGUGUGUGUGUGUGUGUGUGUGUGUGUGUGUGUGUGUGUGUGUGUGUGUACUUAUGAUUGUGAAAUAUAGAAAUGACCAAACAGGAGAGAGACAGGGGGAAGAAGGAGAUAGACAGAGACUGAAAAAGCGAGAGAUAUGGGAUUGAUUUGGAAGCAAGCGAGUGAGAAAAACUGAAAGAGACAGAGAAAAGGAGUGUAAGAUAGGUAUGACAGAGUGAAAAGUAGAAAUGGAAAGCAUGAGAAAGAGGAAAAGUGAGAUACUUAUGUAGAUAUGUUGUUGUCUUUAGUAGAGCACUGACUCAGUAAAUGCUCCAUUAGCAAUAAAAUAUGAUGAAGGAAAGAAAGGCGGCUGGGAAGCAGGAUGUAAGAAGUUCAGCAGUGUACCUAUUAUACAGAGCUAGGAAGGAUGUGACAUACAUAUCAGAAUGCACAAGAAGGGAAGGGGGAUAUUUUUAUGUAAAGGCUUUAAACAAAGAGUGGACAGUGCAGUGCCGAGCGGUAGCAUUGUCGCCUUACAGCAAGAGGUUCUCCGGUUCGAUUCUCUGCUGGAGUUCCUUCUGUGCAGACUCU